GAUCAGGGAAGCUACGUGUCUCAGCUUGAGAACAUCUAGUUUCCAUUAACAUCUGAGUCGAUCUUUGCCCCAAAAAAAUGGUUGAUGAACAAGAUCAACUGCUGCCAAUUGCCAACGUGGGUCGGAUUAUGAAACAAAUCCUGCCACCAAGUGCCAAGCUUUCAAAAGAGGCUAAACAAACAAUGCAAGAGUGUGCGACAGAGUUUGUGAGCUUUGUCACUGGCGAGGCAUCUGACAAGUGUCACAAAGAGAAUCGCAAGACUGUGAACGGAGAUGACAUCUGUUGGGCUCUGAGUGUUCUAGGGUUUGACAACUACGCUGAGGCUAUAGUAAGGUAUUUACAUAAGUAUAGGGAGGCUGAAAGAGAGAAAGCUAGCCAAAACAAAGCAACCAGCUCUCAAGACAAAGAUGAGGAAUCAUCAGAGGAUAAAAAUGGCCAACCAGCUCAACAAACUGAAGCUCCUCCAACCCCAGUAACUAUGGGAGACAAUUCUGUCACAGAGCCUUCUUGAACAUGUAUAUUUUAUGGUUAUCUAGUCUUUGUGAAGGUUUUGCCAUAUGAAUUGAGCUAUAUGGUGAAUUGGUGAAGGGGAAAUGAGCAAGUUCAAGGACAGCUUGUGUAAUCAAAUUGUAAAAGAUUUUCAAUCUCUUCUAGGUUUGAUUGUGUGAACUGAGUAGUCACUGAACACUCAGGUAACUUUGCUGUGUCUUUUUCUUUGAUUCAUGGUCACAUACUUUGUUUUCUCCUUUUCACCCUCUCUCCAUCCCCCCCUUCUCUCCCUUAUUCCCAACAUUUUGCUGUAGAGGGGAAACUUCUGUGAAGUUGUAUUUUCCUUGUCCAAUUUAAUCUAGCUAGAAAUGAUACUUUUAGAGGAGUUUAAUGGUA